GCUAUCUACGGAGCCAUCCCCCAUCACGCUUGCACAUUCCAUCAUGAUCUGGUCCAUUUUUGUGCACAUAGCUAGCUCAGAGAAAGCGACCACAAUGGAGGUUCCAUCAUCAAUCCUCUCACCAGCAGGGCUCCGGGCUGGUUUGGAGUCGGAUCUGGGUAGCCUGGCGGCCUCUGCUGCGGGGUUGGGACUUCUUUCCCACCUGAGCAUCUUCCGCACAAGCUUCCCGGUCGAAGAUUAUCUCCUUGGAAUGCUUGCACUCUAUGCUCUGGCCGUGCUAUCAAUGGCCUCGGCAUACUUGGCAUUGACGCAAUUCUCCAUCGCCCAAACUUUGUUCAGAGUGGCCUUGAUCUCAUCGGCGUUCAAUAUCGGUCUGAUUUCCAGCAUCGGCGCCUAUCGAUUCUUCUUCCAUCGGCUCCAUCCAUUCCCAGGUCCUCGGUGGUCCAAGUUGACCUCUUUUUAUAGUGCUUACUUGGCGGCCAAGAAUGUGCAAUACCAUGUGGAAGUCAAGAAGCUUCACCAGGAAUAUGGCGACUUUAUCCGAACCGGACCACGAGAGCUUUGCGUCGUUCGAAAGUCCGCCAUACCUUUGGUCUUCGGCCCACAAUCCAAAUGUCGCAAGUCGACUUUCUAUGCGCAUGCGUCAACAAACCCCAAGCAGUGUAAUAUACACCACACUCGCGACUUUGAGGACCAUCGCAGACGGAGAAAGGCAUGGGACCGGGGCUUCAAUUUGAAAUCUCUCGGGAUGUAUGAGCCUCGAGUCAAGGUAAAAGUGGAUCAGCUCGCUUCCCACAUUGGAAAUACUCUGGGCCAGUCUAUCGAUGCGACCGCUUGGUCCAUGUUUUUGAGUUUUGAUGUCAUGGGAGAUGUUGGGUUUGGCAAAGAAUUCAAGAACCUUACUACGGAGGUGGAACAUCCGGCGAUCAAAGGAGUCCAUGAUCAUAUGGUGAUCCUCGGUGUCGCAACUCACGUCCCGUGGCUUCUGUAUCUUCUCAGCCGUGUUCCAGGAGCCGUAUCUGGUUACUCGAGCUUCUUUAAGUGGUGUGCUGAUGAGAUUGAGCGGAAGCAGGAGAUUUGGGAUGCCACUGCAUAUCCCGAAGAUGUCGUUUCGUGGCUCCUAAAAGCAUAUGUGGAGCAAGAUAUAUCGGCUCCUCCUUCUAAGGCAGCACUCCAUGAUGACUCGCGUGCUAUUAUAAUCGCGGGCAGUGAGACCACGGCUACCACUUUGGUCAGCAUUCUCUACUAUUUGGCUAAGCAUCCAUCUGUGCUAUCCAAGCUUCAACGAAAACUGGAUGAGGCUAUGCCGGGCGGAGCAAAGGACUGGAGUUAUGAGAGGGUCAAAGAAAUCCCAUUUAUUGACGACAUAAUCAACGAGACUCUUCGACUCCGACCCGUUUUGAUGACAGGGGGUUCUCGUGUUACCCCAAUGGAAGGGCUACAGGUUGACGAAGUCUAUAUUCCAGGAGACAUUAACGUCUUUGUGCCGUUACAGCUAAUUCAGAACGACAAAAGAUACUACAGGGAUGCUGAGAAGUUCAUUCCGGAGCGAUGGGGCGAGAAGAAAGACGAGAUGGGCACCGAUGGUGCUCCCUUCAUACCGUUCCUGUCGGGUCCUUAUAUCUGUCCCGGAAGGAGCUUGGCUAUGCUCAGUCUUCGGACCAGCGUAUCCACCAUAGCGCAGCAAUACAACUUCUCGUUUGCCCCUGGUGAGACUGGUGAGACAUUUGAAACGGGGGCCCUGGAUACUUUUACAACGAGCCUGCCUCCUUUGCAGCUUGAGUUCCAACGACGCUGAGAUGGCGCAUGAUGUGUAUUUGGAUUGGUAUGAUAACGAUGGCAUGAUCACAGGGUUUUGUUCUCCCUCUUAUGGCACGUUCUUUGAACCGCUUCCAGUCAGCAAUUUCUGGUGCCCAGCUAUCAAGUUACUUUGCACUUUGGAUCUUUGAAUGCUAUCCAGGGGAUCUAUUGGUGAUUCUGAUGAUAAACGACCAGAACGCCGGGUCUAUUAAUAGGAGUGAAGCCUACUAGAAUCGUGGCGCAGCUUGUCUUUCGGUUCGUUGUGGGUACACUGCAAUUUUUCCAUAUGGAUCACAGAUGAGCCAAGCCACGAAGAGCAAUUGGG